GGGGGAAAACGAAAUGAACAUGAGUAAACCAACUUCCCCAUUUGAACCAAACCAGAGCCAUAUGGAAAAACAUGUAUGUUUGGGCAGCUCUUUCGUCAGUUUCACGUUGAGCUAUCCACGUUUAGUGCAUUUUGGAUGUCUUAUCAGUGAAGUUGCGUGGGGUAUAUUAUGUCAUUUAUGUGAAACGUGGAAUAAAUAGGAAAGAAUAUGGGGUUGCUUCAAGAAACAUGUAAUAAAAUAAGGAUCAUUUCAGAUGGAGGCGACUUGGAUACUUUGGUUUCUAUGGUGGAUAAAUAAGGAUCUCUGAACUCAUUCGCUCAUGCAAACAUCUUAUUCAUAUCUUUUCUUCCUUUCUAAUAUUUGCUGCUUAACUUCUUGUUUUGUUCUGUGAAUCUCUCUCGUCUGUGCAGCCAUGGGAGGUUGUUUCUCUGUCUCAUUGUCAUGUGAUCAAGUGGUGAAUCAAGUCUUCCGAUGUCUAUGCCUCAAAGGAAGUUAUGUCCACAACCUCCCCCAGAAUCUAGCGUCACUGGAGAAAGCCAUGGGAACUCUCACGGCUAAGAGAGAUGAUGUUCAAGGGAGGGUAGACAGAGAAGAGUUUACUGGACAUCGUCGAAGGCUUGCUCAAGUCCAGGUAUGGCUUACGAGUAUCCUCACAAUGGAAAACCAAUAUAAUGAGCUUCUUAAUACUAGUGACGUUGAGCUUCAAAGGUUGUGUCUCUGUCGAUUAUGCUCUAAAAAUGUGAAAAAGAGUUAUCUUUAUGGGAAAAGAGUUACGGGUAUGUUGGAGGAAGUUAAGAGUCUUAUCUCUCAAGGAGUAUUUAUUGAGGUGACUGAUGCAACUCCUAUAGCCGAGGGUGAAGAGUUGCCUAUCCAACCGACGAUAGUUGGUCAGGAAACAAUGCUCGAAAUGGUAUGGAACCGCCUGAUGAAAGAUGAAGUUGGGAUUGUAGGUCUGUAUGGUAUGGGUGGGGUUGGCAAAACCACCCUUCUCACGCAGAUCAACAACAGGUUUUCUGAAAGAGGGGGUGGGUUUGAUGCUGUGAUAUGGGUUGUGGUGUCUCAAAAUGCAACAGUCCAUAAGAUUCAAGGGAGCAUUGGUGAAAAGCUAGGCCUUGGGGGGAAAGAGUGGGAGGAGAAAAGUGAGAUGAAGAGAGGCCAAGACAUCCACAACGUUCUUAGGAAGAAGAAGUUUGUGUUAUUGUUGGAUGAUAUAUGGGAGAAAGUGAAUUUAAGUACGAAUGGAGUCCCAUAUCCGAGCAAGGUAAAUGGAAGCAAAGUAGUAUUUACCACUCGCUCUCGAGAUGUGUGUGGGCGCAUGGGAGUUGAUGACCCGAUCGAAGUCUGUUGUCUGGACACGGACAAAGCCUGGGAUUUGUUCAAAAAGAAAGUCGGAGAACACACACUGGGAAGGCACCCAGACAUUCCCGAACUAGCAAGGAAAGUCGCUGGUAAAUGCCGUGGCCUACCAUUGGCACUCAAUGUCAUCGGUGAAACUAUGGCGAGCAAAAGAUCAGUACAAGAGUGGCAUCGAGCAAUCCAGGUUUUGACUUCAUAUGCGGCAGAGUUUUCAGGCGUGGAAGACAAGAUUCUUCCGAUAUUGAAGUAUAGCUACGAUAGUUUGGAUGGUGAGAUGACCAAGUCAUGUUUUCUGUAUUGCUCUCUGUAUCCUGAAGAUGGUCUUAUUGAUAAAGAAGAACUGAUAGAGUAUUGGAUAGGUGAGGGGUUCAUUGAUGAGAAGGAAGGAAGAGAAAUGGCAAUGAACAAAGGUUAUGAGAUACUCUGGACCCUUGUCCGUGCAUGUUUGUUGUUGGAAGAUGAUGAGGAUGAAUCAGAAGUGACAAUGCAUGAUGUGGUACGGGAGAUGGCCAUGUGGAUAGCCUCAGAUCUUGGAAAGAAUAAAGAAAAAUGUAUCGUACAAGCUGGUACCGGGAUACGUGAAAUACCCAAAGUGAAGAAUUGGAAAGAUGUGAGAAGAAUUUCGUUGAUGGAAAAUGAUAUUCAAAUCAUAUCUGAGAGCCCUGACUGUCCUCAACUUACAACUCUCCUCCUUCAGAGAAACAACAAAUUCGUAGAGAUAUCAGAUGGAUUCUUUCAGUCUAUGCCAAAGCUACUGGUUUUGGAUUUAUCAUAUAAUCAUCUCAGUGGAUUUCGAAUGGAUGUGAGCAAUUUGGUUUCCUUGAGAUAUCUUAACUUGUCAAAUACAAAGAUAUCAGAAUUACCUUUUGGUUUAUACCAGUUGAAAAUGCUAAUGCAUCUGAAAUUGGAGUGGACGAGUAGCCUUGAGAGUUUAGAAGGGAUAUCAGAAUUGUCAAGCCUGAGGACACUGAAGCUACUAGGUUCCAAAGUGCGGUUAGAUAUGAGGCUAAUGAAGGAGCUGCAGCUCUUAAAACAUAUAGAGUAUAUAAGCGUAAGUAUCUCGUCAUGUACUUUGGUUGGGGAGAAACUGUUCGAUGACCCCAGAAUGGGAAGAUGCAUCCAACAUGUUUGUAUUAUAGAGCUUAUACUUGAGCGAGUAAAAGUAAUAGUUUUGCCAGCUUUGGAUGGCCUCCGUGACAUCUCCAUAUAUGGUUGUGAAAUGCUGGAGGAGAUAAAGAUAGAGAAGACACCAUGGAACAAAAGCCUGACAAGUCCAUGCUUCUCAAACCUUACAACUGUACAAAUAAGAUAUUGUAAUGGUCUAAAGGAUUUGACGUGGCUUUUGUUUGCUCCAAACCUUACUCUUCUUGAUGUGCAUAUGUCAAGGCGACUAGAGGAGAUAAUAAGCAAAGAGAAAGCUGAGAGUGUUUUAGAGAAUAAUAUUAUUCCUUUCCAGAAACUAGAAGAGCUUUCCUUGAUGAUGUUGCCUCAGCUUAAGAGCAUAUAUUGGAAUGCUCUGCCUUUUCAACGUCUGAGAUGGCUCCACAUACGCAAGGGCUGCCCGAAGCUGAGAAAGCUCCCUCUGAAUUCUGAAAGCGUCGUCAAUGUUGAAAAGUUGAUCAUAGAGUGCGAUGAUAAAGAGUGGUUGGAAAGAGUUGAAUGGGAGGACGAAGCCACAAGACUCCGUUUCUUACCUUCAUGUAAGGAGGAUUGACGACCGCAUGAUCUUUUAAACUUUUUCUGUUUCUCUUUUUUCUUUCUUCUGAAAUUGAAUUUUGCCUACUCUGUUUCUUCUACCUCUGUUUCGCUUAUGCUGAUGAUUAUGUCUUCUACAUUUGAUGGUGUCUUCUCGUUUGUCCUAAA